AUGGAUUUCCCGAUUUUUCACUCACUCGUAUUUGGAAAAAUAUAUUCAGUGAGAUUUCGGUCAUCGCUCUCUCGCUUUCUCGCUCCUCCUUCCUCGUACCAGUGUCUGGUGAAUUCGCAGCGUUUGCUCUGGUUUCAAUGGCUCUCGCAGGCGAGGUCGGGUUACGUUUGCUUCUCUGCCCAGUUACCUCCAACGUUGUUAUCCGGACUGCAUGCUGUUCUGUGGGGACCGUGUUCCCUGUUUACUCAACAUUCAAAGCCAUUGAGGAGAGGGAUCGGAAUGAGCAGCAGAGAUGGCUUCUUUAUUGGGCAGCUUAUGGAACUUUUAGCGUUGCAGAAGUGUUCGCAGACAAAAUUCUCUUCUGGUUUCCACCUUACUACUACAUGAAGUUCGCAUUUCUGGUCUGGUUACAAUGUCCAUCAGGCAAUGGUGCCAGGCAUUUGUACAUGAACUGUCUACGUCCUUUCUUGUUGAAGCAUCAAAGAAGACUGGAUCAAAUAGUUGGACUGAUAUAUGGUGAAUUGAACAAAUUCGUGAGUGCACACGAGGAAGAAUUUCUCUUUGCAAGAAGACUUGUUAUGGGGAUUUACGCAUCAGCAAACGGGCUUCUGAGCGACAGUGCUCAUCCACGAGAAGGGCAAAAUAUUGCUGCUAUCGAGGGUCCGGGAAACCAAAAUCAAGAGUCAGAAUCAGGACACGACGAUUGAUGCUUCUUUGCCCGUAAUAUACGGUUACUUUGCUUGCCUGUAUAUAUCAUGAAGUUUUAGGGUUUGACAUUUCACAGAGGUUAACCAGGAAGAGGGCCUACUUGUGUAAUUGCAAGUUGACAGCUCUGAAUUGGGAUAUGAGCUUGAUUAAUCGAGUCUAGUGGAUAUUUAGCGGGUUUAGGUUGGGAUCCGGGAGGUUUAGCGUCAUGAGUACUUUCAGGAUUUCAUAUCGAGUAUCGUCUACACUUCGUAAAUAUCGAUGUUCGCUAUUGUGAAGGGUAUGCUGCAAGUAAAUGCAACUUCCACGGAAAUUUAUCUCUGAACUGCUCGAUCCA